UAGGGUGUCGCCGUAGUGGCUCCAUUGGAAGGCGACGGCGGUUGGUCGGUCGUCUGUGUGUUUGUCCUUUUCUAAACUCCACAUACGGACUUGAUACGGGCUAUCGGUUCUGAUCCAACCGUGCGACGCGUAUGUAGUGAUUUGCGCGGUUAAGGAUCGAUGGGAUGAAGCGGAAUAUUUUACAUUUGAAUCAGAUCGCCGGUGUAGUUUGAAGAAAGAGAGAAAGAGUCUGGUGGAGGAGCCAUUUUGUCCGACAGUGAGAGAGAAGAAAGAGAGAGCAAUAUAAAACCGCACAUAAUAACAACAAACACACACUCUGUGAGGAAACACACGUGGAGUUUUUGAAGAGUCUACAGUGAAAAAUCACAGAAAUCCCGCCGUGAAGAGACUGACCAGUGUGUGUUUUUGUAUCACACACACUCACAAUCUGUUUAUUACUCGUGUGUGUUUAAUAAAGCUCAGAUGGCGAAGAAAACAUAUGAUCUGCUAUUUAAACUGCUCUUGAUCGGCGAUUCUGGAGUGGGAAAGACCUGCGUGUUGUUCCGGUUCUCCGAUGACGCCUUCAACACCACCUUCAUAUCCACCAUAGGAAUCGAUUUUAAGAUCAAAACAGUUGAAUUGCAGGGAAAGAAGAUAAAGCUACAGAUAUGGGAUACAGCGGGGCAGGAACGAUUUCACACCAUCACUACCUCUUACUACAGAGGGGCCAUGGGCAUCAUGUUGGUCUAUGACAUCACCAACGCCAAGAGCUUCGAAAACAUCAGCAAAUGGCUCAGAAACAUUGAUGAGCAUGCUAACGAGGACGUCGAGAGGAUGUUGCUAGGCAACAAGUGUGACAUGAUGGACAAACGAAUCGUACCAAAAGGCAAGGGGGAACAGAUCGCAAGAGAACACGGGAUUCGCUUCUUCGAGACGAGCGCGAAAGCCAACAUCAACAUCGAGAAGGCGUUCCUCACGUUAGCAGAAGACAUUCUCAGAAAGACACCUGUAAAAGAGCCCAACAGUGAAAACGUGGACAUCAGCACUGGGGGUGGAGUCACAGGAUGGAAGACCAAGUGCUGCAGUUGAACAGACACACACUUGCACAUUUUACUCAAACACACACAACUCUCUCUCUCUCUCUCUCUCUCUCUUACCCCCCUCACGCUCUCUCAUUCACUCAUCCCUCAUUUCUGUCUAACACUCUUCUGUUCUGUCCUUCUCAUAGGAUUCUCUGUAAAAACACAUCUCUAACGUUUCUCUGACACUCAUGACUGCUUGCUGACAUUUUUAUUUCAGAAAAAAAAAUGUAAGAGAAAAAGAAGUCAUUUCAUGUUUCUUCUUACUUAUUUUAAAGUGUAAAGAAAGAAAGAAAUGAAUUUAAACAAACAAACAAAAGCGUGUUCACCACUACAUAAAGGCCGCUAGAGGACCUGGAGACGCACAGAUGAGCGGCCGUAGCGUUCAGUAUGACAUCAUAGAUGAAGACUUUUGUCCAGUGUUUGGGGUUAGUGUUGUGUGUUAGUGUGAGAGAUCUCUAGUGGGGGUUAUUUGUUUUUUUUGAGUUGAUUUCUUUCGUCCGGUGCCUUAAUGUAGAGCCCAAGGGGCUCAUCCCUUCCUCCCCCAAACACAAUUAACUAUCACUGUCCUGUAACAGUUACAAACACAAACUAGUCCUCUCCUCUCUGCCUGACCCCACUAACUCAACCCCACACAUGCUCGAGUGGAACCAUCCGGAUUCAUCAUGUUUGCUCGGAAGAGAAUGGCAUUAUAUAUUUUUUCCUCUUUUAUUUUUCAGAAAUACUUGUUUUAUGAAUCUCCUCAAUGUAUUAUUUGUUUUUCCUCACAUACUCAAUUACUCAUUCUCUCCUGCAUGCUGGUUUCUCUGGGUUUUUGGGGGUCUUUUGUAAGUUUUGCCAUGUUUGUAAUUCACAGGAAGUAUUUCUUCUAGUCAAGAUAUACGUGUCAGGGAGGGGAGCGUUCACUUUGGAAAUUCAAACAAUUUUGCAGAUCCAUUAAAAAUAAGCUUGUUUAAGUUACAUGUUUGU